AUGUGGCGGGCGCUGGCGGGAGCGCGGCGGCUCCUGAGGCCGGUCGGGGUCGUGGCCGGGGGCGCCCUGCGGGCGGAGCCGCCGCUACUCCGGGCCCAGCUGCGUCGGGGCUGCGCGGCGACGGGAGGCGGAGGCGGGCCCGGGGCGCUGGGGGCGGCGGAGCGGUGCCAGCCGGCAGAUACUGUUCUUCCAGAGUUCAACAUUGACUUGGUUGUAGCACUGCUGAGGCAAGAAAAUGCUAAAGACAUCUGUGUCAUCCAGCUAUCUCCAGAACUCAAAUACUGUGAUUAUUUUAUAAUUGUGAGCGGAUUUUCAACACGGCAUCUUCAUGCAAUGGCAAAUUACAUGCUGAAAAUGUACAAGCAUCUAAAAGAAGAAGGUGGUCCUCAUACUCAGAUUGAAGGAAAAGAGACAGAUGACUGGCUGUGCAUUGAUUUUGGUAACAUAGUGGUUCAUUUCAUGCUGCCAGAGACACGAGAAGUUUAUGAACUGGAGAAGCUGUGGACUCUUGGUCCCUAUGAUGACCAGUUAGCACAGAUGACUCCACAGUCCCUGCCAAAAGACUUUAUCUUUGGACUGACUCCUAACAGCAAUGAUCGUCUUGAGACAAGAACUUGAAGCAGCUACUGUAUGGAAAGAGGGUGAAAGAUAGUCAGUACAGUUGAUUAGUACAAAACUGUUUUUAUUGGGUGUGCCCAGGUAGAGUUCUGAGCAAGCUAAAGUGAGCAGAAUCAUAGAAUCAUUAAGAUUGGAAAAAAUGCCUUAAGAGUCCAACCAUGAAAUGUCAAAGAAGGAAUCCUCUCAGAGCUUCCCAGGAGAGCCAUUGCCUUAGUGGAGUUUGCAGUGAGAAGAGUGGGGCAAAGACAGCUGCUUAAACUGGAACUCAUGCUCAGCCUCUAGAGUAAUUGUUUUUCUGAUAUCUUUGAAAGACACCCUGUAGUGGCAGUGCAAAACAGAUUGGAGUGCUGCAAGGAGAAACUAUGAAAUAGUACAGUUGAGAUGAUGCUUCUUGUGUUAAGCCAUUUGCUUCUGGUCACAAUAAAACAAGUCAUGGUCUGAAGGGGGGACAGAAAACAGAUUGGUGUUACUGAGAACAUAAAAGCUGAGAGCAACAGUGAAAUAAAUGUGCUUUGAGUUAUCAGAACAGUAAAUGAGUUAUCCAGCCAAGGCAAACCUGGUUUUAAUAAUAAUAAAAAAGCCCCAAACUGAAGUACUUAAAUGACUUGUUUUCAUGUGAGAGGAUUCAGCUCAUCCUGCAUGUGCAGUUGACUCCUCUCCUAGCUUUCCUCUCACCUACUUUCUGAAAAGGGACACUGAGACAAUACACUAUGGCAGUGAAAACCUUCAACUUGAAGUGGGGAAAAAAGUUCUAUAGGAAGCCCUUGGUCACUGAGCAUUAUGUGCUGCUAAUGGACUGUUCAGCACUUUAAGAAGUCACUGUUCAGUGCAUUCUUAACAUGACUGAUGCAUGGUCUGAUAACCAGUUAAAGAACUUCAAGGUGGUAACCAACUUGUCUGUGUUAAGACAAGAUGCUUUUCUGUACUAUAGGAUAGAGGUUUCAUCGCUGGAUUAGAAUCUCUUCCUCCUGGAGAAGUUUGCUCUGCCAUGUAUCAGAAGGCAGAAACAGGAGAUCCUGAGGGUAAUCACCUUUUUUUCCACAUAGCCCCACAAAUUAAUGCAAGCCCUGUCUGCAUCUCUGCCCUGCACAGCAGCUUCUGUUUGUAAUGCUCAAAGCCUGGUUUUGUGCCUAUAGCUGUGUUGUUCAGGAGGAAGAGUGUGUUUGUUUUAAAAAGUCCAAACAAACCAAACCCCACUUUUCCCUCUAUUUCAGGUCAUAUUUUCUUGCUGUGUCUUACCUCUGUUUUUUAAUGAAUGAUUGCUUUCAAGUUCACCUGCUCUUUGAUGCAAGGCAGCAGAUAGUUCUGCAAUUACAGGUAUUUGUUAAGUGUAGCUAAAACAUGCAGAUAAAACAUCUUUGCCCACAAACCAAAUAUGUUGUUGGGAAAUACAACUGCAGAGAAAGUUUUUCAAAAUGCUUCAUGACAAUUCUUGAAAGUAAUCACAUGGGAGAAAGAAAACCUUGGCUUACAGCCUGAUGGGUUCUAAAUCAGGUAUCACUCCUAGGAGUAACUUCCACUCAUUCACUGAAACAUUUCCCUUUUACUGCUGUUGCAGAUAAGUAAUAUGUGAUUAAUAGAGGUAGGUUCAGCAAACAUUACACUAUUCUAUGAACCCACAUUUAGUAACCAGAGCCACAUACAGUAUCCUGUCUGAAAGAGCAGUUAAAAAGGGAGUACCCAGAAAAGAACAGCUGUGUGAACAGGCUAGGACUCUUAGAGGUGAAAAGGGUUGCUAGUCUCUAAGACAAGACAAAAAAGAAAUAACGGGGAAAAAACCCACUAAAAUAAACAACUAUAGCUGACUUCACUAGCAAAGCAUAAUGUGAAAAGGAGUUCUAUGAACAUCCACUGGUUGCUAUUAAACAAUCAGAACUGCCAGCCUAGGGAAAGAACUUGGUCCUCAUCCAUUUAAAAGAAGCAUUUCUAAUCUCUGGUGAGCUACUGCAGCACCCCAACCAUGUUACCUGCCAGCCUUGAUGAUACUAUGGCCUGAUAGUCCUAUAAGCUGGGAUGUAGGAAUUAACCCAGACAGUCUGGAUGAUCAGUACUGUGCAACACUAAAGCCCUUUUGGAAAGAGAACAUUUGGGAACAAUUUCAGUUGGAUAGAUCAGGUGAUUUCUGUGUAAAAUAAAAAUACCAAACAGUUUGUGCAAUGA